AUGGCAGCAAUUGGUCUCGGCCGGAAACAAGUUGAGCAGUUUCUUCGCCCAGGUGUCAUCAUCGGUUGUGACAACUCUCCGUCAAAUGUCACUUUGUCAGGCGAGAGCGAUAUUCUUAGAGAGAUUAUUCUGGACCUCAGCUCUAAGCACCCGGGUGUUCUCGCUCGGAAGCUCCAUGUUGAGUGCGGAUACCACUCUCAUCACAUGAAGACUGCCGCCGCCGACUUCACAUCCCGUCUGGAGGGACUGCUUGAGAACAAGGAGCCGCAAAUUCCAUUUUACUCGUCUGUGACAGGAGAGAAGAACACAGACAUGUCUCACACAUAUUGGCGGUACAAGGAGUCCUAG